AUGGAUAUAAAGGCCAUGUCAUCCAGAUCGACACAGACUCACAGGUUAAGCUCACUUCCGGACUGUCCUCAGAUGGCCUUGGACCCAGCGUGGACACAGCAAAGGGACCAGGUGCAGGAGGAUGGGGAAGCUCCCCGAAGUCGAUUGUCCAAGAAACUUAUGGACUUUUUCCAGGUCCCAUCCGAAUGGAGGACAACUUCGGAUGAGGUCACUGAAGUCUGUAGGAGUGCAACGUGGCAGAAGAAGGAGCCUAGUAAGGAGAACCCACAAAUGAGCAGGCAACCAUCAACACCAGGCCCCAUCUUAGGCGAUAAAUGGCCCUCCUCAGUCACUUCACCCAGGCAAAGGAUAAGUGGAAGUAACCUUCCGCAAAACCCCUCCAGUAAUGCUGGAGAGAACCAAACAAACCCUCGUGAAAACUUCACAAGGAAAACUUCCAGUAAAACAUUGCUGGAGGACAACUGGCACCUCGAAAGAUGGUACCACAAGGCCACACGGAUGGCCAAACUUCUAACUUUCACCCCGCACAUAGACAGGGUGAAGUGGGACUGGUUAAAUAACGGUCCUACUCGACUCCCUGACACGAAGUGGUCAGGCGAAAACAAUACAGAAAUUUUCUGGCAGUGGUACACCACACUGCUAGGAUUCCUCACAGCACGAGGAUAUAGAGGUGCACACUACAAUGAAAUCCAUCUGGAUUGUCUCAUUGGUGGAUUGGCAGAGCCUGCACUCUCACACGGACUAAAACUCCGUGAAGAAGCCCUCCUUAGAGAUAAAGGGGGGAAAUUUCUUGAAGUUCUCGAAAUUUUAAUGAGGACAUAUAUCAAGGAGCUCACCACAUUGAAGGUUUCUGGAAACAUCCUCCCUGAAUGCAAGGAGGAAAUAAUCAAAAUGGGAUUCUCCUCUUUCGAGGAGAUGUUCAGAACAACAUCUCGCAUGGACGAGAUGAAAAACAGGCUGAGGAUAGCUCCAGCCUACAGGCCAGAAUGCUACACCAGACCUGAAACCACCACGACCACAAAUCGCAAAAAGCCCAACCAGACGGGAAAGGAGAAACACGCAGAGGCAAGAGCCAAUGUGCAAGACCCUAAACCCAAAUGGAAAGGCAAAUCCUCCCUGAAGCAGUCAGGGAACACCGACCAAAGGCCAGUACAAGUACGCAAUAAUUGCAGAAUACCAGAGCGGACAAAGAGCCGCCCUGAGCGCCAGUUAGUAGGAGACAGAAACCCAAGGCAUAGGAUCGCCAGGGAAGUCGACUACAAAACAGAAGGCAAAGUUGGAGACGACUCCGAGGAAGAAGAACCAGAGAAUAUCCCUGGUGAUUUCGAAGUGGAGGACACCUCCAAUGACUUCGAACCAGAGGACCCAAACAAGGGACCUCACUACUCGCCCAGAAGAAAGGGCGAGGACAUCAGUGUUGGGACCAUAAUAAUGGCCCCAAGAUCCGACGUCAUUGAAAACAAUGACGAAAAAAAUACACUAAAACUGGCAAUAAGCCAGACCAAAAAAAGAACUACCAACUCUUUGGUGACGACACCAAAGAGGGAUUCCCCUGAGGAAAGUCACUCAGAAGACAACACCCCUGAGGAAAAAACCUCGGAGGGAGACCCACUGAAGGAGGACCCUUCGGAAGAAACCACCCCGGAGUCUCCAGAAGAAGACAAGCUCUGGGUGGAGUUUAUACUCGGCUAG